GCUACGGGAACGCAUCAUGGCUCAUGGGAGGGAAGGCGUCGCAAUUGAGACCCGUAUUUCGUAUCUUGGUUCGGGGUUGGUGUCUUUGGUCAUGACUGUCAUGGUAUGCGCCCUUGCAGCCACCGCUACCGGGCCUUCCGUCGUAGUGGAACCCCCGACCCGGGUUUGAACAACAUGCCCCCGGUAGGGACGGCCAAACUCCUUCACAGCAAACACAUUACGCGUCAUCUGCUGCGACCAUUGGCUUGCUUACACACUUUCUCUUCGCGGGUAUGGCGAUGAGCCUCAGGGGUUGCGCAAGAACAGUCGGGACUUGGGACGCCAUCUCCUUGAAGCGCUCGCGAUGCGUGCAGGGUAGUACUUACUUCGUAGUAUAAGUGUCAUGGAGAGACACGCCACGGUGAAAGAGAUUGGGUAGGAGCAGGAAGCAGACGUGACGUGGAACCGCAAACUCGUCGUAGCUAGAUUCAACCGGAGCAUCAUUCGUUGCCGCCGACAUGGCCACACCAACUAUUACUCUGGGGCCGACCCGGACAUUCGCUGCCAGGUCUACGGCCACUUGCACCACGGCCGUGCCGGACAGAUACGGCCAUGUCCCGGGCGACGCAUGCGAUGCCUACUACGACUUCUACCCGAGCUUCGUGGGCAACCUGGCCUUCGCCGCGCUCUUCAGCCUCAGCACCACAGGCCACCUCGUGGAGGCCGUCGUGUUCAAGAAACGAUUCUGCUGGGUCGUCAUUAUGGGCGGCCUGUGGGAGACGGCCGCCUUUAUCAUCAGAACCCUCGGUUCGCACAAUCAGCAGGAGAUGCAGUAUGCUCUCUGGGGGCAGCUCCUCUUCCUUCUGGCCCCGCUGUGGAUCAAUGCCUUCGUGUACAUGACAGUCGCGCGCAUGGUGCACUUUGCCUUGCCGAGCCGGAGAAUCUGGGGCAUUCGCGCAGCGCGCAUGACGCUGCUUUUCGUGUGGCUGGACAUUGUGUGCUUCCUCGUACAAGGCGGUGGCGGGAGCCUGCUGUCCGGCGACAACUCGGCCGACGUGCGGAGCAUCGGAUCCAAGGUGUACAUGUCGGGCGUGGGCUUACAGCUAGCCUUCGUGCUCGUCUUCAUCGUCCUGACCGGUUGCUUCUACCUCGAGAUGCGACGGGUGACGGGCGGCAGGAUGGGGCUGAUGCGAUGGUUGACACUGGCCAUGAUUGCCGUGCUGCUCUUCAUUGUAAUGCGCAUCGUCUAUCGCCUCGUCGAGUUCAGUCCAGGCGCAGGCACGGACAACCCGCUCCUGACGAGCGAGAUAUACCCCUUCAUGCUGGACGCGUUCCCAAUGCUGGUUGCGCUGGUACUGCUCAACGUCAUGCACCCCGGCUUCGUGCUGCGCGGACCGGAGAGCGAGUUCCCGCACAUCAGCCGCGCGGAGAAGAAGGCACUGAAGGCGAAGAAGAAGGAGGACAAGCAACGGCGCAAGGAGGAAAAGAAGCGAGGCAAAGGCGGCCGGCCGAGCAGCGAGUACGCGCUAGCGGACGAUGUGCGCCGGGCGACGGGGAGCGAGAGCGAAGCAGAAAGGAUGUAAGAAGAGUGGUAAACCUCAGUAUGCUCCUGUUUCGAUGUACGAAGACGUUGUGUAAACCGACACCACUUACACCUCUGUAAGUGAAGCUCUUGAUUGCCCGAUUGGGAAGGAGGAAUGGCCACCAAAGUGUGAAACUAACACAAGUGCAAAUAGUGUGCGCAGUGUUCACAAGCGAGCCAACUGGCUUAGCAAUCGUCCAAUAGCGUGAUUGGUUUAGUGGUAAAAUUCUCCGUUGCCAUCCGUGCAACGUCGGGGAGCCCUGGGUUCGAUUCCCAGAUCACGCAACACCAUGUUUUUUUGCUGU